AUGGCCGAUGCUUUCUCUAAAGAAGUUGGGCAGGAAUUGCCGCCCAACUCUCAAAGACCAGGAACACAACACGACAUAGAAAAAGAGCAUGAGAUUCGUCCAGAUUUAUCAGAAAAGGAUGCACUAAGUUCCCUCGGAUUUUCUGGUCAUGGGCGACCCCCGGACAGGAGGAGGACCUCUACUGACUCACAUGGCCUCCACCGAACACAGUCAGGUGUUGAUGUUGAGCGUGCUGAGAAGGAUUUCGCAGAACUAAGUCGAGAGUUAAGUUCGAUAAGCCGGCGGAUUUCGCGCACGCAAUCCAGAGCCUCAGGCGUCCGAGCGAAGGAUCUCGAAAAGGCUGUCAGCUCAUCCGACGACACGCUCGACGGCACUUUUGACCUGGAACAGACUCUCCGUGGUGCUCGCGAAGCAGAUAAUGAAGCCGGUAUAAAGCCAAAGUAUAUCGGUGUGAUAUGGGAAAAUCUCACUGUUCGUGGUAUUGGUGGUGUGAAGAACUUUGUCAAGGUAUUUCCUGAUGCCUUCGUCGAUUUCUUCAAUGUUCCCGGUACUAUAAUGAGCAUCCUGGGACUCGGCAAGAAAGGCAAGGAGUUCGAUAUUCUGAACAACUUUCGAGGUGUCGCUAGACCAGGGGAAAUGGUUCUUGUCCUUGGACGGCCGGGCAGUGGCUGCACGACUUUUCUGAAGGUCAUUGCAAAUCAACGUUAUGGCUACACUGGCAUUGAUGGGGAAGUUUUGUACGGUCCCUUUGACGCUGCUACAUUCGAGAAGCGAUAUCGUGGAGAAGCUGUCUAUAAUCAAGAAGACGACGUCCAUCAUCCGACGUUGACCGUGGGGCAAACUCUGGGUUUCGCACUUGACACAAAAACACCAGGAAAGCGUCCAGCUGGCCUCAGCAAAUCCGAGUUUAAAAGCAAGGUCGUCCAACUGCUGCUCAAAAUGUUCAAUAUUGAGCAUACUAUCAAUACUAUUGUCGGUAACCCGUUUAUGAGAGGAGUUUCUGGUGGCGAAAGAAAGCGGGUAUCAAUUGCAGAAAUGAUGGUUACGGGAGCUACGGUCUGCGCUUGGGACAAUAGUACACGAGGGCUUGAUGCGUCAACGGCACUCGACUAUGCAAAAUCUCUGCGCAUCAUGACCAAUAUCUACAAGACUACGACAUUCGUGUCGUUAUAUCAAGCAUCAGAGAACAUCUACCAUCAGUUCGAUAAAGUCAUGGUCAUUCACGAAGGACGGCAAGUCUUCUUCGGCCCAGCUGGAGAGGCACGGUCCUAUUUUGAAAGCCUGGGAUUCUUGGAAAAACCACGACAAACUACUCCAGAUUAUCUGACUGGCUGUACCGAUGAGUUCGAAAGGGAAUACAAAACUGGCAGAUCGCCAGAUAACGCGCCUUCGACCGCUGAUUCUUUGGUUGAAGCGUUCAACAAAUCCAAGUAUGCCGAGGCGCUGUCAACAGAAAUGACCCAGUAUCGAGAGACAAUCAAGGAAGAAAAACAAAUUUACGAUGAUUUCAAAGCUGCUCAUCAGGAAGCAAAACGAAAACAUACGCCGAAGAGCUCAGUCUACUCAGUUCCCUUUCAUACACAGAUGUGGGCCCUAAUGCAACGACAAUUUCUGAUCAAGUGGCAGGACAAGUUCUCCCUGGUAGUAUCCUGGAUUACUUCAAUUGUCAUUGCCAUUGUCGUCGGUACGGUUUGGCUCAAUCAACCUCAGACAUCUGCAGGUGCAUUCACUCGAGGUGGUGAUAUCUUCAUCGCCUUACUGUUUAACGCCUUCCAAGCAUUUUCUGAACUUGCUUCCACUAUGCUCGGACGGCCUAUUGUGAACAAGCAUCGUGCCUAUACAUUUCAUCGACCUGGUGCUUUGUGGCUCGCGCAAAUCCUGGUAGAUCUCGCUUUUGCAAGUGUGCAGAUUUUCGUCUUCAGCGUGAUCGUCUACUUCAUGACAGGGUUGGCACGAACACCCGGCGCAUUCUUCACAUUCACACUUAUCAUUAUCACCGGUUAUCUGUCAAUGACACUGUUUUUCCGAACCAUAGGAUGCCUGUGUCCAGACUUCGAUUACGCUAUCAAAUUUGCCGCUGUUAUCAUUACGCUGUACGUCAUAACGUCAGGCUAUAUCAUACAGUAUCAAAGCCAGCAAGUUUGGCUGAGGUGGAUAUUUUACAUCAAUGCUUUAGGUUUGGGUUUCGCAGCCAUGAUGAUGAACGAAUUCAAACGACUCACAAUGCGCUGCACGAAUGAAAGUCUCAUACCUUCAGGCCCCGGAUAUGAUAGCAUCAACAACCAAGUGUGCACCUUGCCGGGUUCCGUUGCGGGUUCCGUGGAAGUCUCGGGCACUGCUUAUGUGAAGACCGCAUUCUCAUACGAUCCUGCAGAUCUUUGGCGCAACUUUGGCAUAAUCCUCGUUCUGAUCGCUGUCUUCCUGUUUACUAAUGUUGUCCUUGGUGAGACUGUCAAAUACGGUGCUGGAGGGCGGACCGUCACAUAUUUCGCCAAGGAGAACAAGGAGCGAGAAGAACUAAAUCGAAAGCUUCAAGAGAGAAAACGACGAAGGCAAACCAAACAAGACGCCGGAGACAGCUCGGAGCUAAAGAUUACUUCCAAGGCUAUAUUAACAUGGGAGAACCUUACCUACGAUGUUCCUACUCCUGCGGGACAAUUGCGCUUACUGAAAGAUAUUUUUGGAUAUGUUCAACCGGGAGAACUAACAGCAUUGAUGGGCGCUAGUGGCGCAGGCAAGACAACUCUACUAGACGUACUUGCUUCGCGAAAGAACAUCGGAGUUAUCGGUGGAGAUGUGCUCGUCGACGGACAGAAACCAGGGGUCGCUUUCCAAAGAGGCACUUCUUAUGCUGAACAGUUGGACGUACACGAGGGUACUCAGACCGUGCGAGAGGCCUUACGCUUUAGUGCCGACCUUCGUCAACCUUACGAGGUGCCACGCGAGGAAAAAUAUGCAUAUGUGGAAGAAGUCUUAUGUCUACUUGAGCUCGAAAACCUCGCCGAUGCGAUUAUUGGGAGUGCAGAGAGUGGUCUCUCUGUUGAAGAACGGAAACGAGUAACCAUCGGGGUCGAGCUCGCCGCCAAGCCUCAGUUGCUUUUGUUUCUCGAUGAACCAACGUCCGGAUUGGAUUCGCAGUCAGCCUUCAAUAUCGUGCGAUUCCUCCGCAAAUUGGCCGCUGCUGGCCAGGCCAUUCUCUGCACAAUUCACCAACCGAAUAGUGCCCUGUUCGAAAACUUUGAUCGACUUCUUCUACUUCAAAAGGGAGGUGAGACAGUAUACUUUGGUGACAUCGGAAAGGAUGCGCAUGUCCUACUUUCCUAUUUCCGCAAAUAUGGUGCCAACUGUCCUCCAGACGCUAAUCCGGCAGAAUGGAUGCUCGACGCUAUCGGCGCUGGGAUUGCUCCACGAAUUGGAGAUCGUGACUGGGGCGAGAUCUGGCGGGCGAGUGAAGAACUCGCCUCGACGAAAGCUGAAAUUGUCGCAAUGAAAACAAGACGUCAACAGGAGGUCGCCAGUGAAUCUAGUCUGGAUGAAAAGGAAUAUGCAUCACCCCUGUGGCACCAAAUCAAAAUUGUAUCGUCGCGAACCCAUUUGGCGUUCUGGCGCUCACCAAACUACGGGUUUACACGACUUUUCAAUCACGUUGCCAUCGCAUUGCUUUCUGGUCUCGCUUUCCUCCAACUGGAUGACAGUCGUUCGAGUCUCCAAUAUCGCAUCUUCGUUAUUUUCCAGGUUACAAUCAUCCCAGCAUUGAUUCUUGCUCAAGUCGAGCCCAUGUACGACCUCUCACGAUUGAUCUUCUACCGUGAAUCUGCCGCAAAAGCAUACAAGCAAUUCCCAUUCGCCUUCGCCAUGGUUUGUGCUGAGAUGCCCUACAGCCUUCUCUGCGCCGUUGGAUUUUUCAUUCCAAUCUACUACUUGCCAGGCUUCAACAACUCGUCGUCUCGUGCUGGCUACCAAUUCUUCAUGGUAUUGAUCACUGAGCUGUUCUCCGUGACUCUCGGUCAGAUGAUCGCAGCCGUUACACCGUCAAGUUUCAUCUCGAGUCUGAUCAACCCAUUCAUUGUCAUCACCUUCGCUCUAUUCUGUGGCGUUGCAAUUCCGAAACCACAAAUCCCAGGCUUCUGGCGCGCAUGGCUAUAUCAACUCGAUCCGUUCACGCGUCUUGUCUCAGGAAUGGUCACCACCGAACUUCACGGCCUUCCUGUCGUUUGCCGUCCGAAAGAACUCAAUUCUUUCCCGGCACCUUCCGGACAAGACUGUGGUUCCUAUAUGGCCGAAUUCUUCGACAAUGGGGGCUCCGGAUAUAUCGUCAACAAUGCAACAGAUUUGUGCCAGUACUGUGCGUUCAAGGUCGGCGAUCAGUUCUACCGUCCUUUUGAACUGAACUUCGACGACCGGUGGCGUGACCUCGGCAUCUUCACCGCUUUCAUCGCCAGUAAUCUGUUCUUGUUAUUCUUGGGGAGCAGAUAUUUAAAUUUCAAUCGUCGCUGA